UGCUACUCCCGUUUCCUGGCGGAGAAGAUGGCGGCUCCUGGACCCGGGGAGUAUUUCAGCGUCGGUAGCCAUGUCUCCUGCCUCACCUGUCUGGGGCAGCGCUUGCAAGGAGAGGUCGUCGCCUUUGACUACCCGUCCAAGAUGUUGACUAUGAAAUGUACCCCUUCCAGUGGUAAACCCAAUGUUUGCGAUGUGGUUCUGGUUAACUUGGCCUACGUGUCAGAAGUGGACCUAAUCAAUGACCGUGCUGAAACACCUCCACCUUUAGCAACUCUCAAUUUUAACAAGCUUGUGAAUAGAGCACGGUCGGAAAAGGAAGACAAGUUGUCACAAGCUUAUGCGAUUAGUGCUGGUGUCUCUGUGGAGGGCCAACAGCUGUUCCAGACCAUUCAUAAAACCAUCAAAGACUGCAAAUGGCAGGAGAAAAAUAUCAUAGUGAUGGAAGAUGUGGUCAUCAGUCCUCCAUACCAAGUGGACAACUGUAAAGGCAAAGAGGGCAGCGCUUUGAGCCAUGUGCGGAAAAUAGUGGAAAAACAUUUUCGAGAUGUGGAGAGCCAAAAAUCAGUGCAGCAUUCACAGCAAGCACAACAAACACAGAAGGACUGUGCUUUAUUGUCGUGAGCAUGGGCUCUUUGAGAGGAAACACUAUGCUGACUAAGUGUUUUUUUUAUUUUUUAUUUCAUUAAUAUUUUCUGAUGUUUUGUUUUUUACCAAUUGCCAGACACAUAGCUGAUACUCAGCAAUUUUGAGAAGGAAUUAUGGUUCUAGACAUCAAAAAAGAAAAUCUGCUCACUCUGAUAAAAGAAAGAGGAAAAGAGUGCUGUGUGCUUUCAUUAAAUAUUAUUAUAUUUAGAAAAGUUCUCAUUCAACAAAAUGACUCGCUAAACCUCAAUGUAUUUUUUUUUUCUCUCCCUUUUUCAACUUGGCUACUUAUUCAUUUCAAUUUGAUUAACCACCAAACAAAAUAUUUUUCCACUUCAAAUAUUUUUUGUAUAUAUAUAUCUAUAUAUAUAAGUAAAUAAGUAAAACUGUAUAACUUUUUAUUUCCAUGGCAGCACGUACAUUUUUUUUUUUUUUUUUUUUAGCUGUGACUGAUACAAUGUGAGCAUUGUUGCUUAUGUAGGUAAGGGCUGAAGAAGCUGUGUGGGCAAUUGAAUUGCACUUAUCUACCCAACAUUUACUUUUCAAGUCUACAACACAAUCUUAUUUUUACUGACAGCUGAAGGAGAUACACUCUUGAGUACUGUAUUCAUGCUUCCAGUUUAUAAGUAGAACAACAUCUUUACAUUCAUCUCCAGGGGCAGUUGACAAUAAUGGAAAGCCAACACUAGGGAAAUACAAUUGGCAGUAUAUGAUGUUGUCAUUUUCUUCCAUAUUGGUCCUGUACUUGCCAUUUUAAAUACCUCUUCCAUAUUGGGACCAUUUUCUAAGAUGCAAUGUUUGUAGAUUUAUUGUAAUUUUUUUUUUUAAAUGCAUCCAAAUGCAGUGACGGAUAAGAGACUUGCACCUCUCUUUGACUUCCACGCAUUCCUUCAUACUCCAACAAUGGUGAUUUUUAUUUAGAUGUGACUCAUAUCUUGCUCGUCUCUCACAACGGGACUGGUCUCUUUUCUGAAUGGGAAUCUUUGUAAUCACCUUUUUUGGAAAAAGGAAACGUUAAAGUGAUAUCUUGCCAUGUUAAGAGACUGGGACAUGGGCGGCAGUGGCUCAAAGCCGAAAUCCUCCCCAUCCCAGCCUCGUAGCCUGAUGGAGGCUCUAGCAGUGGCGCUAAGCUGUGACUGGCAUCCACGUUGACGUACCAAUUUAUAUUGCUUUGUGUUAACGGGGUUGCUGUUCACCUAUAGGUUUCUUUUGCAGUAUUUUAUUUUGAAUUUUUAAAUAGUAAUGAAGAAAUAAAAAAGACGA